CCGUCUAUUCCGUCUCCCCCCUUCUCUCUCUCUCUCCUUUUCGCCACGCCUGGGGUCGUCUCUCUCGAUCGAUCAAAACGAAGAAGAUUGCGCCUUUUGAUCAUCUGGGACUUCCUUCGGCGGCCCGGAUCUUCUCAUCUCCUGAUCGUACGGCUGGGGGCGGGCUUGUCGGCCGCUCCUACGUGAGUAAUUCUUCAAGAAACGGCGAUAAGGGAACCGCCUUUUCUCCUCCGUGUCUGUUCCUUUUCCGUUUCUUGACGCGUUCGAUCCGUGUUUGCUUUGUUAUCUAUACAAUCGAGUUGCCGAAGAAUAAAAAGGAAAGGACGGACGGAAGGUAGGGAGAAAACGAAGAGUACGAUUCCUCUGCCAACCGUUGGUGCUCCCUUGGAUGGGGUUCAUGGAGGCCAAUGGCUUAGAUAGAACAACAAGAAGGGACAACAUAGCUCGAGAAGACAGUGAUGCAGAAUCACUAAAUGGUUUUGGCGAAUUUGAUCCAUGGACAGCUUGGGCCUAUAAGCCACGCACAAUUUCUUUACUACUCAUUGGCGCAUGUCUGUUAGUUUGGGCAAGCGGUGCACUUGAUCCUGAAAGAACAGAAUCUACUGAUGUUGUUACCUCAGUAAAGAGGGGCGUGUGGGCAAUGAUUGCAGUUUACCUAGCCUAUUCCUUGCUGCAAGCACCUUCAACGGUCCUUAUAAGGCCACACCCUGCCAUUUGGCGCUUGGUUCAUGGGAUGGCCGUGGUGUACCUUGCUGCCCUCACCUUUUUGCUUUUUCAGAAUCGUGAUGAUGCUCGGCGGUUCAUGAAAUUUCUCCAUCCUGAUCUAGGAAUUGAACUACCUGAAAGGUCUUAUGGAGCUGAUUGCCGUAUUUAUGUACCUGAGAAUCCUAAAAGCAGGUUUAACAAUGUUUAUGAGACAUUAUUUGAUGAGUUUGUACUUGCUCAUAUUCUUGGAUGGUGGGGGAAGGCAAUAAUGAUACGUAACCAGCCUCUUUUAUGGGUGUUGUCAAUUGGCUUCGAAUUGAUGGAGCUAACUUUUCGCCACAUGUUACCAAACUUUAAUGAGUGCUGGUGGGACAGUAUUGUUUUGGACAUCUUAACCUGCAAUUGGUUUGGUAUCUGGGCAGGUAUGCGUACUGUUAGGUACUUCGAUGGAAAAACUUAUGAAUGGGUUGGCAUAAGCCGCCAGCCAAAUAUCAUUGGUAAGCACCCGCGCCCUCCAUGUCACCUUUUGCAGAGUGAAAAUAAUAUGCUGGUCAGAGAGGGUUACAUGUGCCAGACAUACCUUAAAUGGUUCUUUAUUUAUUAUUUGGGUCAGGGAACAAUCUUUUCAUUCUAAGUACCAAAAAAGUGUUUCUGCCAUGGACUUACAUAUUUUCAUGAACAAAUUUUGGCUUUGUUCUCUCGAAGAAUUAAGAUAGUAGUCAUGUCAGAGAAGCUUGCAUGUUAAUCGAGCAUCCUCUAAUUGAUUCUUUGUAUUAUCUUAUCAAGUUUGUGUGUUACGUCAGACUCAUGUAGUGCCAUGUAGCAUUGAAUGAUAUAAUAUUUUUCGACUAUGUAAGUUCUGUUGAACCAUAUAAAGCUAAUUUGGUACCUAGAUGUUUACAAUGGCUUUUUGGUUAUUGUUAGAAUGAUAGAGGGUCGCUUUAUAGUUGCAGAAUUUAAGCUGCACCAGCAAUUUAUAUUUUCUUUCAUUGACGACGGCAAUUCUGUUUUGCUGUGCAUUAUCCUUCAUGUGUAAUGAUAGAAUGAAGGAACGUAGCAACAGCUUAGAUGGUUAAUUACGAAAGCAUUAGUAUUGCUGAGUUCUUGUCAGUUGGCAUAGCACUAUUAUGGAGAAGGUUAGACUUGAUUUGACCCCCAUGCAGACCAAUUAAUCCAAGGUUCCUUUGACGUUAGAGCAUGAUAUCUGGGAAGAAUUUUAAAGCCCCAUAAUGCACAUUUUUUAGAUGGAUUGAUUGUAACAGAAGCUGCCCUAUUUUGAAAAGGAAUGAAGAUGAAAACUAACUUCGACAAGAAGUUCUAUGAACACUUGGAUAUUAAGAUAUAGAACUUGCCAUAGGAGGCUUGGACAACUUGGCAAUACUUCUCUUAUCCAUAUAGAGAGAAGAGAUGGGACAGUACUGCACCAUGACUGUAGCAUAUGAUUGUUGCACUGAUAUUAUAGCAGUUACUAGCCAAAUAUCAUUUUGUAAUUGAGAAUGAAGCCUAGAUUAAGUUGAAUUAGGAUUAUAAUAUUCGGUUAUGGCACUAUAUUUAAAAAUUGAAAUGGUGUAAGAUAUUCCAAUUUGAGCUUGGCAGAGGCCACUGUAGCUUGCAUCAAACAUUUCUCCUUGAGUCAUUUCAUCUUUGCUGAUCUCGAUCUGACCUCUGGACCUAGCUUAUCAUCCCAAAGCUGAGCCGAUUAGGUUUAAUGGUUAAAGCUUGUGAUUGAGCAAGACUACUUGCCUUGUGGUGUACUCAUAUCUUUUAGUGCAUUUGUCUUAGUUGUUUCAUUCUGUGAAGCUAAAUGUUCUGCUUUAUCAAAGAUGAAAUUCAAGUUGUCUGUACUCUGUAUAUCUUUAUUGUCUUUUUAAUUAUUUUUGAUUUAUUUUUAUAUUACAUGUGGCAAAAAACAUUGGGCCAGUUUACACCCCCAUGACUUAACAUUUGGGGGGUAUUCAUUUUUUUUUUUGGUGCGUCUUUUUAACUUCUAAGUUGCUUUAUCUUGUGAAACUAAUUGCUUUCUUAUAGCAAAUGUGAAAUAUGGGUUGUCUGUAGCAUCUUGUGAAACUAAUUGCUUUCUUAUAGCAAAUGUGAAUAUGAGUUGUCUGUAGUAUUCUUUAUAGCUUUACUGUCUUUUUAAUUUUCUCGAUUUACCUUUGUAUUUGUGUUCUUGCCAAGGUGAAAAGAACAUUGGGCCAGUUUACACCUGCACGGUGGGACAAAGACGAAUGGCGUCCUCUGCUUGGGCCAUGGAGAUUCAUCCAAGUGCUGUUCCUUUGUGUUGUUUUUAUGACCGUGGAGCUCAACACCUUUUUUCUCAAGUUUUGUCUUUGGAUUCCACCUAGAAACCCUUUGGUUAUUUAUAGAUUGAUCCUGUGGUGGCUAAUUGCUAUA